CUCUCGCGCGAAUCUCCUCAGACUUUGUCGGAUAUGUCGAAGGGGCACCAAUUCUUCGACACGGGGUGGAAGCGACAGUGAACGAGGCUGUCUGGUAAUCUGCAGUAUUGUGUGGCACCGAUGGUAGCAUGCCGGGUGUCUGUGAAGCGAUUUGUGUGAGAGGUGAUGCCGUUCCAGUCGAAGGCUCGUCGAAGAGGGACGUCGCAAACUUUGUCGGUUGGCGAUGGGCUGACCAGGAAACCCAUCAGUGACUGUGGUGUUGUGUGUUGCGACUGUAGAAGAAGUGUUUGGGCUCCGUCGUCACUCUCGUGUUGCUGUUCCGCAGCUCGAUGGGCUGUUGCUGCGUUCGACGAACGUGUCAUUUUGUGUAGCUUGCUCGCAAAUUUUGUCGGUCUGUCCGUGCCGCGGCCGCAACGGUGGCUCUACAGGUACCAAAUCAACGCAGAGGGACGCGCGAUGGCCUAUAGAGUCCGUUGCGGCCACUGGCAGAUGUGCUUUGAUGCUUUUGUGAUGGGCUUUCCAAAAACUGAGUUCUCGCUGUUUGUCGGGUUUCAUUCUGUCCUACUCGGUUUCAGCCGCGAUUUCUCCGCAGCUAACUAUGCCCGGUUCGGCGGGCUUGGCGAACAGCCGACGCGUCCCGGAUCAUUGCUGACCCAUUCCGCCCCACUUUAUCCUGCAAAACAGGACCAGCUGUCCCCAGAGGCCUGCCUUCUCUUCCUCAACCACUAUCUAAAUAUGCUGGCGGGCCUAUCUAGAUAACGGUUCUCAUACUAAUGUACACUAUCUUCUAGGCUUCGUAGAGGCGUUCGCCCCGUCUGUUGCAUCCGCUAUACCUACAGUCUCCCCCCAGCGCUCGGCUUCAUCUACGCGUCUCUGAUCCCGACUUGCCUAAGGAUCUGCGUCUGUUCCAUGUACUCGAUGGCUUUGGUAGCUAGUUGUGGCUUGUUGAGGAUAGUCCGGAGGUUGUGUCGUCCUAGGAGGCGACCAAAUAUCCGGUUCCGGAGGCCGU